AUUACUCGCACAAAUCCGGAACACCAGACGACACAAUACGAGGUUGUCAACAUGUCUGUUUUCGACGCAAUGUUUGGAAAUGAACUGAUUACUGGAUUUGUGUCAGUGUGACCACUGUAGCCUGUUCCUAUGAAGAAGCCUGCAGAUGGUUGUUGAAAGAAGGUACUUUGGUACUUGUUAUCGUGCACAUGCCUGACUAGAUCAUGGAACAGGAAGAAUUACAGAUUAGUGACCUUGACCCCAAACCUGACCUUGAUACUGAAUGUGAAACAACGAGUGAUGUUGACAAGCCUGAUGAGGAUGAAGGAAGAGGGAAGCCAUAUCAGUGUGGUGAAUGUGGGAGAGUUUUUAAACAUUCAAGUAGCCUGCAGGCACACAUGAGAUCUCACAGUGGUGUCAAGCCAUACGAAUGUGGGGAGUGUGGGAAAGCAUUUACAAUAUCAAGCGACCUGCAGAGGCACAUGAGAAGUCACACCGGAGUUCGGCCAUAUCAGUGUAAUGAGUGCGGGAAGGCAUUCGCAACAUCAAGUCAACUAACUACACACACAAGAUCUCACAGUGGCAUCAGACCUUAUGAAUGUACAGAGUGUGGAAGAGCAUUUACACGAUCAGGCCAUUUGCAGAGGCACAGGAGCUGUCACAGUGAUGUAAAGCCUUACGAAUGUAACCAGUGUGAGAAAACAUUUGCACGAACGUGUGACCUGCAGAGACACAUGAAGUGUCACAGUGACCUCAAACCGUAUGCUUGCAAGGAGUGUGGUAAAGCAUUUGCCCGAUCAGGUUACCUGUUGAUACACAUGAAAUAUCAUAGCGGAGUCAAGCCAUAUCAGUGUGGUCAGUGUGGUAAAACCUUUACAGAAACAGGCAACCUCAGACUACACAUGAAAUAUCACAGUGGAGUCAAGCCGCAUCAGUGUAGUGAGUGUGGGAAAGCGUUUACGCGAUCUGUUGAGCUGCAAAGACAUAUGAAGAGUCACUGUAAUAUUCCGACUUACAACUGUAGUGAGUGUGAGAUGGUAUUCACACGAUCGGCUGAACUGCAGAAACACAUGACUUCGCACAGAGGUGUCAGGCCAUACGAGUGUAGUGAGUGUGGGAAAGCAUUCGCCCAUUCAAGUACCCUGCAAAGCCACAUGAUCUGUCACAGUGAAGUUCAGCCUUAUAAAUGUAGCAGUAUAGUUAGUCAAACACUUUUGAACCUUCUAGGCAAUCGGGCAUGUAAAAAAUAAUGCCAAAACUGAGGUGAGUGAGUUUAUAUUUACGCCACCGUUAGCAAUAUUCCAGCAAUAUCACGGCGGGGACACCAGAAAUGGGCUUCACACAUUAUACCCACAUGGGGAAUCGAACCUUGGGCUUCGGCCCAUCAAUUAAAGGUCCGAAAUCUUGGUGCCAAUCUUUCCAGAUUUGCAGGAAUUUUGUGAGUGAGUGAGUUUAGUUUUACGCCACUGUUAGCAAUAUUCCAGCAAUAUCACGGCAGGGGACACCAGAAAUGGGCUUCACACAUUGUAACAUGUGGGGACUCAAAUCUGGGUUGUUGGCGUGACAAGCAAGCUCUUCAACCACUUGGCUACCCACCGUCAGCCAUUGAGGUAAUACCAGUUUAUUUCUUAGGCUGUAGCUACCUCAGAACUUUCUUAGAGAAAGAAAUACAAGAUAUGAAUUGAAACAUAUUGUAUUGCAAACUUAACUUGCAAUAUGAUAUUUAUCAGAGUACUGAAUUUAUACAUUUACGGAAACCAUGAUCCCUGACAAAAGGUGUUGCUAUUAUCUGGUUUUUACAUGACUUUGGAUUUAGGUUAAUUUAAAUGGCAUAUAUUGUAAAUGUGGAAAGUUUUGCUAGCAGGAAAUUGCUGUGAACUUGCGAUGAUUUCAUGACAUUUUUUCCAACUGAAUUAGUAUCAUGGAAAAUAACACAAAGUAACUUUGGUCCUUAAAAAUCUCAUCACCAGUUCAUUGCAAAUGUUCUCAAUGCAGUUAAGGCUACUGAUAAUAAUUUCUAGGUGCCAAUCUUUCCAGAUUUGCAGGAAUUUUGUGAGUGAGUGAGUUUAGAUUUACGCCACUGUUAGCAAUAUUCCAGCAAUAUCAGGCAACCUCAGGCUUGGUCGUUUAGUCACUGCGAUCAAUCUUCAAUUAUUUCAAUUAAUCGGAUCACCACUACUGUAGAAUGCGGCGUAGAACUAAACUCACUCACUCUGAUGUUUUACAGUGAAUGUAGCCUCAGAUGUGGCAAGUAAGUAACCGGUAGAUUUGUAUUUGAAGCAUGGUAUUAAAUCCUUUUCUCCAUGUUGUAUGACCUAUAUGCGUUAGCAAGGUUUUCUGUCAAGUUUUCUGUCAUACAUACUCAGCAAUUUAUUCCUUGAAAUGAGAUUUCCACUGUCAUUUAAUAUGCCUUUAAGUAUGUGGCACAAUUUUGUUUGCCAAAUUAUUUGUAAAAAAAUUGUAGCAUUUGUACAAGAUGCUGACAUGGCCACAGUAAGGGUAUAGUUAAUAUAUUCAUUGAUAUUUUUGAUGGACAGAAAUCAUGAUUAUGAGUCUUACCAUGUUAGCCAUGUGAACGAUGUUGCAAAUCUCUUCCCAUCACCUUGUCAACAAGUGACAGACCAUAUACAUGAUAAGUUGAAAGAACUCUAAUCAUGCAGACCCGUAAAUAUCCGGGUUUGAAUUGGUCUUCAGCAACCCAUGUUUGUCGCAAGAGGCAACUAGUGGGUUUGGGCAAUCAGGCUCGCUAACAUGGAUGACACAUGUCACCGUAUCCCAAUUGUAUAGAUCGAUGCUCAUGCUGUUGACCACUAGAUUGUCUUUUUCAGGCUUGAUUAUUUACAGACUGUUGUCAUAUAGCUGGAAUAUUGCUGAAUGUGGCGUUAAACUAGGAAGCUAAAGGUGAUAUGGUUAUUGCAAUGUGGGUGAUAUUAUUUGACAAUGGAAGAAGUUCACAAAAUACAAACAUCAUGUUUUCCUACCAUUUCCUGUUGUAAUGAUAAUUCUUGUAUGAUUCCAUUGGAUUGGUCCAAAGAGAGCCUUAAGAUGUUCACCUUAAUUACAUUAUCAGUCU